UUGGCCUUCUUCACCAAAAUCCUAAAUCAGUUGCCCAAAAAAAGGCUCUGCUGCCAUGGCCCCUUAACCCACAAAGCUAUCUUGUUCCUCAAGUUCGAAAAAAGUAACACGAACUGCACGAAGUAGCCGAGGAAGAUCAAAGCUUUCAAUCAAUCAAGUCUCCAUUCUUCAAGCGUGAGAAGAGAGCUGCUUCAAUUAACCUUCUUAAUUCAAACGAAGGACCCUAAUUUUUUCUCGUGGAAAUGGAAUUUGUUAUCGAACGAGGCAAACAAGCGCACGAAGAAUGCUCUACUUUGCUUCUGCCUGCGUUGUCGAUUGGGAACGUGGGGCAGCUAGCAGUGGAUUUGCUAGUAUCAUCAAUGAAAGCAGAGAGAAUUGGAUACUUAGACGAUCCCUUUGUGCUUCCCUGCGUUGGAAAUGAUGCUUAUGGACCAAUUCCUUGCGGCGAGCUUGCUCUCCCUCUCGAAGCUUACCAAUCGUCUUCUAGUCGACUCACUCUUCUCCAACAGCGGUCUCCGGUGGUCAAGGGGAUGAUGGUUGAAUUUGCCAAACACUUGGCAAAUUUUGCUGCUGCAAGUGGAAAAAAGCAUGUUGUUCUGCUUUCCAGCUUGGAUUUUGGAAAGUGGCAGAAAAUUGACAUGUCAAGUGGUAUGCAGAUAUAUUACGUAUCCAGCACCAAUCCUGAUGGAAGAGAUGAUCACUGUGAACAACUUGGAUGGGAAAAGCUGCAAGAAUACAAUCCUGCUCAGAGAUGUUGGAAGUAUCUUAGCACCUUAGCCGAAGGAAAUACCAAGCUGGAAAGCAAUUUACCUUUUGAAGAUGAGCUGGAAGAGGAAGAUUACUACCCAAGUUUGCCUUUUGCUGCACUUUUUUCUUGUUUGAAGGCCAAAGGAUUGAAGGUUACAUGCUUAUUAUGCUACUGUUCAGAAGGGGAUAAUAUACAGGAUGCUUUUCAUUUGGCUGAGGCAGCAUGCAAACUUUUGGGUCUAAAUCCCCAUGCUUUUCAUGGUACUGAGAGUGGAAGUUGGGUUAUCCCUUUGUCAUGGCAAACUGUAUAUGGACCACCACCAGAUAUGUCUAUCUUUUAGACUUUAGAUCUGACUAUCUAUAGUAACUAUCGUUGAAACGUUUGGCUUUGUUAGCAGAAAAGUAGCAUGUAUUGGCACUGAUGGAAGCAGUCAAGAAAAAUUGCUUGAGCAAUUAUAUUAUGUUAAAACUUUUGUUCAGAAAUGGGUUAAAACAGUUAGUUUUUUUUUUCUCGUUAAUCUAAUAUAUAUAUAUAUAUAUAUAUAUAUAUAUUAUAGGACACAAAGUUAUUGGAUAAGAUGUAUUGAUAUGAACAUCUAUGUGGAUAGUUUCUUUUUAUG